UAUUUCCUGACAGCAGACGAUGAGGAAAUAAAUUGAAAAUAAAAAAAGAUUCCAAUGAAAUCAUGAUAACUGCAAAAAGCAUGAUCGGAAGACCUACGUUUUAUGCACCAAACUACGUUAAUGUUUGGUUUGCAAGAGAAAAUUGUCCGCAAAUAAGAUUUAAUGAGGUGACAUUGCAAAAAGUAGAGAAAUCGACUGGACAUGCUAUUGCUGGAUCUAAAAUUAGAAGUGUUCAAAAUAGUUUGCAACGAGAAAACGAUGUUGUAUGCAAGAAGAGUGAACGACCAUUUAUUCUAAAUGUUAAUGGACAAUUAGAUGAUCAGUCAUUUAGUGUUUCAGCUCAAUCUCCUAGACAGGCAGAUUCUAUUAAAGUUGAUCUUGAUUCAUACCUUGGUCAAAAAAGUCAUAAGCAAGCUAGUACAAAACCGUUACAUCAUAAAAGAAAGUACAGGAAACAAGAAAAAUGGAAACAGUCAGUGACAGAAAAUUCCCACAUUGAUAGCACACACCCUAAAGCUGAUAAGCAGUACCGACCCAAAAGAGUACAAGAUGUCCUUGAAGUAAUCGAAAAUAGGAAGAAAAGCAUAAAAGCUAAGCUUUUGAUAAGAAAAGAACACCUUCUAACUCAGGAAGAAGAACAAGACAUUCACACAAGAGCUGACCUGUAUGCUAUAACUACAAUUCCUGAUACAAAAUACUGCAUCCUUCCAUCAGAGGACUGCGUCCCUCGAGCUGUAUUCAGAUAUGAAGACCCUCCAGAAAGUAUAUACCCUCCAGCCCGUAAAAAGAGGAGGCGAAACUAUGGAAACACAAGCUGCUAUGUGACCUUUCACAAUGAGGAGGACAUGUUUGACAAUACUAAAAUGUUACCAAUAGGAACAAGACUUGUAAAACCACCAACGAAACUUGUUGAAUUAGUUGCUCAGGCAAUCAGUGGCAGCCCAGAUGGUCUAUUGCAAGUGCAACAAAUUUACACCUUUCUCCAAAACAAGUAUCCAUUUUUCCGAUACAUGGACAGGGUUGCUAUCAAUAGCUGGAGAAGUUCAAUAAGACAUGCGCUGUACCAGAAAUGGUUUAGAAAGAUUCGUUUUGACUCCAGUUUCAUCAGCAGCAAAGGUUGUUACUGGGCCAUCAAUAACAAAAGCAAUCCAAAGGAAUGGUCAUUACCUGACAAUAAGCUUAAUUUAGAGACAAUUGAGUCACACUUGUCAGUAGAGUCCCUACAAUACUUGAGUGAUGAACAAGAAACACAGGAAGUUGCAGCUAUUGCUAGGCAUCUCUUGUCUGCAGAGGACUGUCCAAGUGAAAUGAGUGAAAGCUUAGAUUGUCUGGAUCAACAAUUACCAACCACAGAGCCUCAGAAUACUGUCCCUUCCCCUGUAAAAGAGCCAGACCCUAUCCUAUCAACAUGUACAACAGACUGGAAUAAUGAUGAUAUUUGUAUAUCAAGUAAUGAGUCUGGACAUGGCACAAUGACUCCAGUAAACAGUCCAUCAUUUCAAACUGUGCUGUGUUUAACUCAGGAGCAAAAUGAGUGCGACAUACGGGCUGAUUUGAUACUGGGCUCGCCUUUGAACAGCCUCCCUAAUGCAGACCUCAUAUCAGUUAAAGACUAUUCACCGCGUCAUAAAACAGUUCUUUUUCCAUGUCAAAAACUCACAAAGACUGAUAUAUCACCUAUGGUAAAUUGGACACCAGAUUGGGAAGAAUAUGGAUCUUAUAUCAUUUCACCGCAAAAUGUCAAUACACAGAAAUAUGUUCAGAAUUUGCCAGGGGAUCCAACUACAGCAACAGACUGUGAUAAUAAUGAAACAAAGUCUGAGGAAGAUGACGCCAAAAGGCUGGAAUUACAGACUAUGUGCAGCUUGUUAGAUUCAGAUAGUGAAGAAUGUUCACCUCUUUUGAACUGUAGCUGUGGUAGCGAUACAGAAUCAUGUGAAUUUGAAGUCAUCGCAGAAUUUCCAAAAUCAGAUUUUCCAUCCCCUGAUCUCGGGCUUGAAUUAUAUUCUUAACUUUAGAAAUUAUGUCAUCCGUAUAGGAGAGAUUUCUCUAGUUUUGUUUGGGCUAUUUCUUUCAGAUCUAAAAUUGAGUUUACAUUUCUUAACUUAAAAUCUUAGUUUCAAAGCUAUGUUUAUUUGUAAGGAACUGAAGUUGUAAAAAUCACAAUGUAUAUUUUUUUACCGAACUUGACAAGCUAAGAACUUAAAAGCUGUUGGAGCAUAAUAUUUAUACACAGAUUCAGAUGCAUGUCCUAGAUCAAGGUGACUAUCAUUAUAUUGCUAAUGAACCUAAUGUAUCAUAGUUCACCUUAUGUCUCACCAUUAUGUUCAACAGUUAACUGGUGAAGUUAGUUGUCACUGUUGUAUGCAAUACAUAAUUAUAUCAUUUCUGUUAGAUCAAAAGGCAGAAAUUACAUUCAAGAAGUGAAAUUUAGGAGUUUUUUUACUGUUUUUUUUUUUUUUCUUUAUUAUAAGUAUUGGGCUUAUUUGUUUUCAUGUGGCAAAAAAAGGUGGAUUGGCUUUAAUAUAAAUAUGAUAAGACUGUAAGAGGUAUGGAAAUUAAAAAGAAACAAACAACUGAAUAUGUCAUGAAUCUGCUUGGCACUGAAUUUGUAAAUUAUUAAAGUACACAUGUAUACUGUACUAAAGCGCAUUUGUUCUUGGAAAAGCGCAUUUGUUCUUGGAUAACCUUUUUUAUAUAGAAUGUAAAUAUAAAGUACAGCCAUGACUUUGGGUUAUACUCUAUAUUUCAAUUCUAAAUAUUUCUAAGAUGGUAUGUAUUUACAAAUGUAAAUAUUUGCAUGUUUAAAUCUAAUUCAAAACAUCAUGCUUAUAGAGAAAUAUAUAUAAAAGUUUAAACUUGUUAGUUUGUUUCUAU